CCUCCCCUGCCAAGUCUGGCGCCUGAGGUGGCUGCCUCAGUUCGCCUCAUGGUAGAGCCAGGCCUGCCUCCCCUGACACCCCACCUGGACAGACUUACACAUGCAAGUGACACACACACCCCUCACACCCUUGCCACACACACACCAGAGUCCCACCCCAACACAACACCCCGCCGAUGCACAUCACACACACACGACCUCUCAUGCCUCCACAUAUGUGUCACACAGCAAUUUUGAGCACUGGCCUUGCAGACAUUUCUGCUGUUUAGCACAUUUUACCCAGGCCCUGAAUCCCACGGAGGCAGUAGCCACCUCUGCAUUGCUUAUCAGUCACUCCCCUGGGCACCUCUUCCAUGUAGGGAAAACCACAGAGGGCUUGCAUCUGACAGAUGGUGUGUGUGCCAAGGACAGAGAGUGCAGGGUCCUGAACCCUGUGUGGGUUACAACCCACUUGGUGGUGUGUGAAAAUAAGGAAAGGUAUAUUCAUAACAUAUACGCAGAAGGGUACCAUGUCACAUAAAAUGACCAGAUUUUCAGAACUGCAUCUGCAAAAUGGCUGAGAAAUUACAUUACUGAAUGGUGGUCUCAUGUAGUAACAACCAGCAGAGACCAGGGGAUGUGUUGGAAGUCGGUCCAUGUAUGGAGCAGGUCUUGUGAGCCAGAAGUUUGACAUCUCCUUUGGGACAUGCUAGCUGCAAAGAUGAACCCCUCCCCUCCCUAGGAGAGGCACUUUAUAAAGUAAGAUUCCCAAAGAUAGCAAGGCACAGCAGCUCUCUCCAGUAACGAUGGCUAGCAGAAAAACCAAAAAGAAGGAAGGUGGUGCCAAACGUGCUCAGAGAGCAUCUUCUAAUGUCUUCUCCAACUUUGAGCAGACACAGAUCCAAGAAUUUAAGGAAGCCUUCACAUUAAUUGAUCAGAACAGAGAUGGAUUCAUAGAUAAAGAAGACUUGAAAGACAUCUAUGCUUCUUUGGGUAAAACAAAUGUAAAAGAUGAAGAGCUAGAAUCCAUGCUCAAGGAAGCUGCUGGACCCAUUAAUUUCACAAUGUUUUUGAAUCUCUUUGGAGCAAAGUUACUUGGUAUGGAUGGGGAAGAGACCAUACUAAAUGCAUUCAAAAUGUUUGAUCCAGAUGGUAAAGGACACAUUCACAAAGACUACUUAAAACGCAUGCUGAUGACACAGGCUGACAAAUUCACUGCUGAAGAGAUAGACCAGAUGUUCAAGAGUUCCCCUAUUGAUGCAGCAGGAAACUUGGAUUAUAAGUCUUUCUGCUACACUAUCACACAUGGAGAGGAAAAGGAAGAAUAAAGAGCGCACACUUGUUAGUUGCACUAAAUUCUCACAUUGGGCUAAUAAAUAAAAAUUGAACUACAUUUUUUUUUUACCCAGCUGUAGUGAUAAUUCAGUUACCCACUGCUCACACAAUUUCAAAAUAGUUAUGUCCUAGUCUCCAUUACUUUGGAGAGCCCCUAGUGAAAACUGCUUCUACCACCAUGCUUUUUCAUAGCAAUAGUUUUGUUUUAGCACUAACUCCAUUCUCCUUAGCUCACAGCAGAGGCAUUUCAUUUCAAAGUUAUUCCAGGCAAAAUAGAACAGAGAAGGAUCUGCUAGCAGAUUCUUAGAAAAUGCAAACAACCUACGAACAGGUAGCUAUUAAUGGCAUCUGCCUCUUUGUACACCGUGAUAGGUAAUUAUAAAGGUGGCCAUCGUUGUGGGAUGACAGUUGCAUUACGCAGGAGCAGGAGAGAAAGAACAUUUGCAGAGGUCAAUCACACAUUGCUAUUGCUUGUUCCAGGCUGACUAUUCUACUUCAGGGGCAAAUGAUGUAGCUCUGGCAAUACUGACUGCUUCUGAGAACAACUUUCAUCUUCCCUGGAAAUGAACACACAAUCCUAUUUGUAAACAUUUUCACCUCCAAGAAAUAACGACUUUUUUACAUGGAUUAAAAAUGGAUAACAUUCUUUGGUACAAUCUUUAA